GUAUUACAGGAUUUGAGACUCUUGUUUUGGCAGUGUUUUGUGCUCCUGCGGUAUGGAGAGGAGGUAAAAUAAGAGAUAGAGAUAGAAAGGAGAGGGAUAGAGAGGGAGAGAGGGAGAGAGAGAGAGAGAGAGAUCUCCUGAAGCUGACAGCUGGUGCACGGCGGCAGAGCUGACCUGCUCGAUCCCUUUCAUCAAACAAAGGAGACGGUAGCCCUGCCGCCGAGCUGUAAGAUGUCAGCAGGAAUGACUGAAGGUUGUUCAUCGGUCGGUGUCUCAUUACCACUUUCUAUCCUGUCUGGCUCUCUUUUGCUUUUUGUGAGUUUGCUCCCUACUACACAGGCAUCAAGUUGUGUGAGGCCGUUCUCCAUCCAGCACGGUCAAGUGAAUGUGACCGAGACAAACAGAGGCUCGUCUGUGGGCACUGUGCUGAAGUACAGCUGUGAUUCAGGCUAUACGGUGGAGGGACCCAGCGUCAUCGUGUGCACCAGAGAGGGGCUCUGGUCUUCAGGCCCACCACACUGCCUCCACAAUAAUUACUGUUUCCCCCCACUCGAGCCGAAGAACGGGGGUUACACCUGCCACCCAUCUCCAUGUCAUCGUCUGACUCAUGGCACAGUGGUGGAGUACUUCUGUGAUGAGGGCUACACACUCAAAGGAAAUUACAAAUACCUCACCUGCCAAAAGGGAGAAUGGAACGGUCCUAUGGAGAUCAGCUGUGUGCUUAGUCAAGGUUGUGUACGGCCGUUCUCCAUCCAGCACGGGCAAGUAAAUGUGACUGAGACAAACAGAGGUUCGUUCCCAGUGGGCACUGUGCUGCAGUACAGCUGCGAUUCAGGCUUCACUGUAGACGGACCCAGUAUAGUCGUUUGUACCAGAGAGGGGCUCUGGUCCUCGGGACCACCACGUUGCCUCCACAAUAACUUAUGCAGUCCUCCAUUAGAGCCACAGAACGGGGGUUACACCUGCCAUCCUUCAACCUGUCAUCGUCUCACCGAUGGCACAGUGGUGGAGUAUUUCUGUGAAGAGGGCUACACGCUGAAGGGAGAUUACAAGUAUAUUACCUGUCAAAACGGAGACUGGAACAGUCCCAUGCAAAUCAGCUGUGUGUUCAAUCCAGAAACGCAUGCAGCUCCUUCGCUGGGAAUGAACACGCUGUCCAUUGUAGCCACCACAGCCAGCUCUGUUGCACUCGUCCUUCUCUUAAUGGUGGUGUGGGUUUUAUUGCAGCCCAAACUAAAGGCUUUUCAUCAUGGACGGCGUGAGCAGGGAGACUCCGGGCAGCCGGUGACCAUCAUGGUGGAGGGCGUGCAGGUGACCUUGCCAUCUUACGAGGAGGCCGUGUCUGGAGUUGGAGGUGCAGUUUUGCCUCGACUCCUCCCUCAAACACAACUUGAAUCUAUGGAGCAGGUGUUAUCUCAGACAUCAACAACGCACACUCAGCACACAGAGAUCUCAGUGGUGCAUCAGCCAUCUUCCUCAUCCCCUUUCUCCUCCUCUUGGAGUUUGGAUGGGGCACAGGGAGCGACAGCAGCGUCCUCAGCGUUUCAGUGCCAGAAUCCAGACUCCAGUCAGCAAAACAGUUUACUUUCUUUACAUGACUCCGAACAGAAUCUAGCUGAUGACAUUCCCUUAUUGAAGGAAUCCUGAGAGUUUCUGUCUCCGCCUCUCUUGUUGAGGCCACAAAUACUGCAGCCGCACACACGCCUGACUGCUGCGAUCUGACUUUGAGCUGCAUCUCUGCGACACAAAGCCCAUCUCAGGUGAUACUGUACUAGACCGACCUGAUGCUCAGCGCUGAGCCACCAGUUCUGUCCAGUCAAGAACUUGCGAAUUAUUUACACAUGUAUAACACACACUCUGUCCCUCUCUCUCUCUCUCUCUCUCUCUCUCUCUCUCUCUCAAAACAAAAACAAAAAAUGCUUUCGAUUCCUUUGUGUCCUUGGACAUGUAGCAAAGACACGACACUGUACAGAGCGUAACAUUUUAUGAAAGACCUUUUAAAGGAUUCAGAAAAUAUUUUGAUAGUAAACACAUUACUGUAUUCUUAAGUAGAGAAUCCCCCCCUUCCCUCCCCCACACACAGACAUGCACACACCCCACACAAUGUUCUUAAAAAAAGAAAAGAAUUGUGAUCAUUCACAUUUAUGGAAGCACCAAGGGGUUGGUUUAACUGCAUUAUUUGGCCAUAUAUAUAUAUAUAUAUAUAUAUAUAUAUAUAUAUAUAUAUAUAUAUAUAUAUAUAAGUGCCAUCACACCCAUGGCUACUAAGUGAUAUGUGGAAAUAAUUUGAUUGUGUAAACCCUUUUACAGUAUAACAAGGGCUAUUUCUUCCCUCAUAGUGAGCUGGUUUUAUUCUCCAUUUAUUUGUCACUGCCAAGCAUUAUUUAAAAUAUCUUGUUGUCUAGCAUGCUUUCAUUUAAAAAUAAAGCUUAUGGUUGAGUAAUAUGGCAUGUGACUUAGUGUUUUAAGAAGCUUAAGAGUAGGACUAAGGUGACUGGUGACGUAUGGAAUUAAAAAAAACUAAAAAAACACGGAUGCUUUAAAUGCAUAAACACAUUCGUAGGCCCUUCAACAGUAUCUAUCGGUUAGCUGUACACGCUGCAAGGCUCCGUUUCAAUAGAGUUUGUCCAAAUGUUGCACUUUCUCAUUGCAUCUUGAGCGAAUGUGCUUGCUUUGAGAGUAUCAUAGGCAUUUUUUUAUUUUUUUGUUUGUAUGUUAAUGGACACUGAUGUGCAUUUAGUACAUUUUAAAAGAAGAAAAAAAAACUUUUCAAUAUGAAGUGCUAUUGAUUAGCAGUGUAAAAUGGAUUUUUAAUUAUACUAAGUCCUUAAGCCUUUGCUUUAAUUAUGAUAACCCUGUGAUUGUUGCAGGAGCAAACUUUGUAAUUUAAUGUAAAUUGAUCUAUUUAAUACCAAACAAGUUAUGUCCUGUACUGUAUAACCUCUGUUUUUGAUUUCUGAAACAGAAUGAAGUUAUUUACCAGGCAUAGGAAUUUUAUGCAUUUAAUUUAUCUCUAUAUUGUAAAUAAUUGUUUCUGAUUAAAUAUCAUUUCACCUAUAAAAAAA